CCGGGUAGUAGGAGUUUUCAAAAGUUAGCAGACGACACACACCAGUGUCGACAACAUACGAUCACAUAAUUAUAGUUGAUAAUGGAGGAGUUCAAUAGUAAAGCCAAACAUGAUUUUGAUUUAGAAGUUGUACUGGAUGCUCUUAAGAAAUGCCGAAUAAAUGACGAUACGAUUUUAAUGUCAGAAUAUCUCAGAGCUUACCGAGAACUUUGCAGGUUUUUCAAGUUAACUGGACGAUUGUUUGGUUUUGUGGCUCGUGAUUUGGAGGGUAAAAUGACGAUAAUAGAAAAACACAGAAACAUUGAUAAAGACAAUCAUUAUGAUUCUGUUCAAUCUAUUUUACGAUAUGAAACUGACCAAGGUACUGCAAAGGUUAAAGGUGAAUUUCCAUCUGGAUCUAGAACAUUAUUACGUCUGCACCACGCAUUUGAAUUUAUAAUGGCCUUCAUGAAACGGAUACGCGAAGGUCCAGAAAAUGAUAAGACAUCCAAGGUGGCUGCCGAAGUUUACAAGAACACUUUAGCUCAUCAUCAUCCAUGGCCUGUACAAAAGAUGGCGCUGUUGGCUGUUCAUCUGCUUCCCGCCAAGAAACAGUUAAUUGAUGUAAUGUGUAAACAUGACUAUGAGAGAGUAAUGGAUCUACUGAAUGAAGUGAUUACUUAUGGACAACCAAUAUACGAUAUUACACAACGUGUUUAUGCGGACUACGAUUUAUUGCAUAUUCCGUGA